GGGAGCGAUCUGCGGCAGCAUCCCAAAGUGCCAGACAUUCACCGAGUCAGUCUUUGAAAAGAUCUUCAGUUGAAAAUUGUUAGACGUACCGCAUGGACGUAUCCUGGAAAGAGUCCGUGGAGUGAUCCUUUGCACAUAAAAUUGCUGUGUGAUCGUGAUCUCUGUGAAAGUGAAUUAAAAAAAGAAAGAAAGAAAAAUUACUUUUCUGCAAUUGAGUGAGAGAAAAUGAUAAAAAGUGAAGACAGUGUGGACUCUAAUAGUUCCAACAUUUGCCAUCGGAGUAUCCCCAACAUAAUUAUGCCACCGACAAAUAUUUUUCCUCCACCACCUGCCUCUGGUGCCAUGGAUCGUAUUCUCGAGGAUAAACCACCGAUGACCUUCAUUAAUAGCCACUUUGCCCCCAACCCUCAUGUGUCCAGUCCCACAUCCAUCAUCCAAAGCACCCCCAGGAUCACGUCCAUCCCAUCGUCUGUCCUGUGCAAUUCACCACAGGGCAAAUCUCCUUCACACAGCCUCCCACCCAAGUUCUCAAUCCCAUCCCAUUUGAGCCCUCUCACGUCAUCCUCCAUUGCACCCAGUCACAUCAUCGCCUCGCCAAACAUCAAGUAUUGCUCCAGCAAUGGCGCUGAGGUGAUGAUCCACCACCCGACGGCACCAGACACCAGCACCAUCUCACCAGCUACCUCCUCCACCAACAUUGGAACCCACAGCAUGAAUGGUGAUUCGAAUUUGGGGAUCACGAAGAAGGGGCAGCAGACGGAGAAUGCAGCACCGGACACCACGAAAAAGAGCACCAACACACGACGACCUGAGAAGCCCAACAUAAGUUACAUUAAUAUGAUCGCAAUGGCAAUCAGGGACUCCCCCGAUAAAAUGCUCACUCUCAGCGGGAUUUAUGCCUAUCUCCAGUCAAAAUUUGAAUUCUUCAAGGGAUCAUACGUGGGCUGGAAGAAUUCCGUGAGGCACAACUUAUCACUCAACGAGUGCUUCCAAAAGGUACCAAAGAAUGCUGGGAUUGGAAAAUCAGGAAAAGGACAUUACUGGACGAUUGAUGCUAAAUCUGAGUACAUGUUUCAGGAUGAGAGUUGUCAGAGACGACGUCCUCGUGGCUAUAGGAAAAGAAUGACAUCAGCCCCUUACGUGAAGCCAGAAAAUUUCUAUCCACCUCCAUCGAAUUACGAACCAACUCCAAUUACAGAUCUUUCAAAUUGCUACCCACCUUUCCCCUAUGACUACACAGCAGUUCCCGUAGCAUAUGAGAAUAUGGUGCCCUACGGGACGUAUUCAACGGAAAGUCAAUACCCAAAGAUAUCUCACGGAUCCAUACAGGAUGGAUCUCCGCCACUCAAUCAAAAUACCGGGCAGGUGAUCGAGUAUGGCUAUCCCUUCAGCACGAGUUCUUACCCAAGUGAAAACAGUAUUAGAGUAGCAACGUUCCCAACGCAAAUAGCCCCACCACCGCCGGUGAGCAACGGCGGAGGUGUUCUAAUGGAUCGAAAAGGUGGCUACACAGCACCAACCACACUGCAUCAUGCUGUAACAAAUGGAGAUUCACUGCAACCGACGUUCUAUGAGAACUACUGAAAGGACCUCGCAAGAAGAAGAUUUUAAGAACCAAAAAAAAUGUUUAAGAAAGAAAUUUUUAGAGACAGAUAAAUGGGAAGUAAAACACUGCAGACGCA